AUGGGAUGCGGGAAGAGCGCGCCCAUCGAGCCGCAGCCACCGGAAGAGGUGGUCUCCGCCACCGCUUCCCGCAACGCAGACAAGAAGGCGGCGCAGCUUGAGAACAAGGAAUACCAUGCGCGAAUGAAGUUCCUCUCGGAAGUCCCGCUCAUGAAGCGCUUGCCCAAAGAUGAGCACCCCAUUGUGGCAGAAGCUUGCGAGGUUUGCAUCUUCGAGCCUGGCCACAAGAUCAUCCAGCAGGGUGACAACGGCGAUGCCUUCUACGUGGUUCGGACGGGGGAAGCCAGUGUCCACUUGGAAAACGAGGAUGGCAAGAACCUGGUGGCGACUCUCAAGGGUGGAGAUUAUUUUGGAGAAAAUGCCCUUCUGAGGGAUGAGCCACGACUUGCCACCAUCAUUGCGGAAAGUAAGCUCGUGGCUUUGCGAAUCACCAGAGAGAAGUUCGAGGAGCUCGGCUUGAACAACAAGCUGAUGUUUGCGAACCGGAAAGCCGUUGCUGGUGGGCUGCAGAUGCAAGCGAAGGCCAAACCUCCUACCGAAAAGACGGAGGAGGAUGUCGUCCUCAUCACCCGGGCUCUACAAGAGAAUGAGUACCUCGCCACGAUGACAGCCUUAGAUGAUGCGAGGCUCAAGUCUUUCAUCGAUGUGAUGUGGAAAGAGGAGGUGAAGGAAGGCGAACAGAUUAUCACAGAAGGUGACCUGAAAGCCGAUUUCUUUUACAUCGUGGCUUCCGGGGAGUUCGACGUGAAGAUCGCAGAAACCGACGACGAGGGCAAUCCGAAGGCUGUGAUGGAGAGCACUGUGUCCAAGAGCGUGACUCACGUAACGGCAGGUGGCAGCUUCGGAGAGCUGGCUUUGAUGUACUUCGUCCCGCGGGCGGCCACCAUCGUGGCCACCACGGACUCGGAGGUUUGGGUCAUCGAUCGGGCCAACUUCAAGAACAUCUUGAUGAAGGCCUCCGACUCGAGGAUCAAGGAGUACGUGAAGUACUUGGAUCAGGUCUCGGUCUUGGACAGUUUAUUGGCUGAAGAGAAGAAGCAGGUCGCCAACGCACUCGUGGAGAUGCAUUUCGAAAGAAAGGAUGUUAUCAUUCAGCAAGGCGAGCCUGGUAACAUGUUCUACAUCAUGUAUGAAGGAGAGGUCGAGAUUGUCAAGGACGGGGAGGCAGUGGCAACGCUGGAUGCCAGGAUAAAAAGCGGAACUGCGCAGUUCUUUGGAGAGAAGGCUCUCCUGGAGAACGAAAACCGCACUGCGACGGUGGCCGUGAAGAGCUCUUCAGCCAAGUGCCUCGUCUUGGACCGCGAGUCCUUCGAUCUCCUCCUCGGCCCUCUGAAGGACAUCAUCGAUGCCGUUCGCGAGGGUCGGGAGCGGCCGCAUCACACCGCCGCGAACCCGGCGGAGAACGGGUCCCUGGCCCAGAAUCGACAGCGGAUCCGACGGAGCGAGCUCAAGCGCAUCGGCUUGCUGGGCUGCGGCGGCUUCGGGGCCGUGGAGCUCUGGGAGCACACCAAGACAGGCGACUCCUAUGCUCUCAAAGCCAUCAGCAAAGGCUACAUUGUCAAGACUGGUAUGCAAGAGAGCAUCAUGAACGAGAAGAACAUCCUUGCAAUGACCAAUUCCUCCUUUAUUACGAAACUCUACGAAACCUUCAACGGGACGCAAACGCUUUACUUCCUCCUGGAGCCAUGCCUGGGUGGUGAGCUGUAUGCCACCUACAUCCGGAAGGGCCUUUAUGGCUCCGACAAGCACUGCAAGUUUUACACGGGCUCGGUUGUUUUUGCCUUUGAACACAUGCACCAACGCCGCAUCAUCUACAGAGACUUGAAGCCCGAGAACCUCCUCCUCGCAGAGGACGGCUUCAUGAAACUGACAGACAUGGGCCUGGCCAAGUUCGUCGUGGGUAAAACCUACACGACGUGUGGGACUCCCGACUACUUCGCUCCUGAGCUUAUUGCAUCCACGGGGCACACCAACGCUGUGGAUUGGUGGACCCUUGGCAUCCUGAUCUUCGAGCUCAUGUCAGGUCAUCCGCCUUUUGAGUCGGCAUAUCCCAUGCAGAUCUAUGCAAAAGUCACCAAAGGGAUCGGCAAGGUCGCUUUUCCGAGCGUGAUGAAGGGGCAUUGCAAGAAUCUUGUGGAAAAUCUCCUGAAGAACGACCCCUCCGAUCGACUGGCCAUGCGAAAAGGUGGAGUGGCCAACGUGAAGUCGCACCCUUGGUUCGAAGACAUGGACUGGGAUCGCUUGGAGAGGAUGGAGUGCCAGGUGCCGUACAAGCCGGCCGUCCGAAGCCGGAAGGACCUCUCCAACUUCGUGGCCAAGAAGGAAGACGCCCCGAAAACCCUGGAGCUGCUCGGCCGAUUUUUCAGGCGGGUCAAUGUGUUAAAGAAGGGAGUCCUGGAGUGGGGAAGAGACUUUGUGCUCAGGAUGGCCUGCGAGGCCUGCGAAUCGCGAGGAAUGACUGAACAACCACAGCGGCCCAGCCCCAAGCACCCCUUCGCCUUUCUCUGGACGUCCAUGCUCCAGUCCUGGCCGGGAAAGACCAGAGCCGACCAAGUCGACGUGCUGGAAGUUAUGUGCUAUUUCUGGAAAAGACAAAGAAUCAUUUGCCCGGAUGCAGAACAGAAGGAGAAUUUUCAGCUUGUGGCGACUGCACGUGGAGGCGCUUACAGCCUCGAUGGCCCUCCGGGGCAGAUCCGAAAGAGUCGCUGGAAGGCGACCACGCGGAGCGGCUGCACUUGGGGGCGGCGCCUGAAGAACUUGCAUCCCGAGGAGCGCGCCUACAUUACCCAGACCAGCGGAGCACGCAUGAGCUACGGCGAGUGGAUGCGCUAUCGACCAGGUCGGGCCUUGCCAUGCCUUGCCCUUUGCCCGCUGCAUCUGGUCGGUUCUGGCCUCGCCGAGGCGAAUGAGAGUGGCCUGGGCCACCGCGGCUCAUGGCCUGGCACGGGGCCCGUUCCUGCUUAA